AUGACCGCAGAUGCGGCACAAGGACCACAGAAGCGGGCCGCAUAUGCGGAGAAGGGAGUGCAGAUCCAGGUUCUUCUGCUCAGCCGUUCUAUCAGUGCGGCGGGCGAUAUCAGAGACUUCGAGACAUCGUCAUGGAGGUUUCCCUGUGCAUCCGGACCUGCAUCUCGAGAGCAACUAUUGUUACAGGGCAACCAUAGGUCUUCAUACAUCUGGGAUGGGCAGUGUCUGUCCCAGACAUUCCGCCCCAAAUUUCGACUGGGCAUGGAUCACGGCUAUGAUAGUGGGUGGCGACCGGAGACGCACAUAUUUCAUCUAUCCAUCGGCAAGGCUACCAUCACGCUUGAGGACAUGGAGGUUCUUUUCGGGUUGCCUGUUGAUGGCUUACCUGUAGCUUACCCGCAUGCUCUUAGAGACUAUAGGGGAUUGCAUUACUUGCAUAUGUUGCAGCGGCUCACCGGUUUCCAGCCAGUGGAGGAGACAGCAUUGAGUAGGGCCAGUCGAUUGCAACUGACGCCCGUCCGGCAUCAUUUGGAGAUGAUGGAUGCGGAGAUUAUGGAUGAUUCACCGUCGAAGGAUAUAGACCGGCACACGAGAUUGUUGUUGCUGCUAAUGUUUAGUGGUGUACUGUUCCCGAACACUUCGGGAAACCUGAUCAGUUUGAGAUUUCUACAUCAUCUUGAGCGGCUAGAUAAUUUACCUGGUUACAGCUGGAGUGCAGUUGUUAUAGAUUACCUGUAA